UGCUUUCGCCGACGCUAUGUUGUUGUUGUUAUCCCAAACGCAAACCAGUCCGUAUCUUAUAAUGAAACGUUAUAUGUGGACGUUGGUGUUGUUGUUGUUGUGGACCUCGACCUAUGUUCAGGGUUCAAAGGUUAACCAAAAUGGCGGAGGCAGAACGAAAGCCGCGGUCGACGUCGAGGAAAACUAAGGCAAAAACUAAAGUGACGCCCACAGCACCAUCCAUACGCGGCACAAGUAAAGAUGAAUCUGUGGCUGGACGAAGACAACUGGACAGCACUGUUGAAACAAGAAUACCCUUAGAACUUGAAGAUCGUCAAAUAACGUGUACCACAGAAGAAAACAGGACUGUGCCAAAGGACAUCGCUGAGCAUGUAGACGACAGUAAUUCAGUACAAGAAAAGGUCAUUGAAGAUACAACAGCAAGAAGCGAAGACAGUUGCAAACCUGUACAAGACCAAGAAACAGAAGACAUUUCAUCCAUUAAGGAACCUGUAGACACACAAGAGAACAAACAGGUAAAUUUAACAUCCAAAGAAAUCCCAACUCAACAUUCACCAGACAGUAUUCCUGACGCUGAACUACAAGUACAAGCUAAGGACUCAAACAUUACCAGUUCCAAUUAUGUGACCUUCCCAGAAGAAGUAGAGACAAAAAACAAGACACUUGAGGAAUUUGAGGAGGAACAAAAUCAAGAGGAAGAUCCUCCUGUCUCUACACCUGAGGUUGUCUUGAGUGUGACGACAGAAAGUGCUGCUGUUGAGACCCAAACUUGCCAACCAGAAGAAAUCCCUCAAACAAAUGUUUUACCAAGUAAUGAAGCCAGUGAAGCUCAAAGUGAGCCUGUAGAAAUCCCCGAAGUCGCCACAAAGGAGGAGGGGAGAAAAGAGUCAACUACAGAGGAGACGCAGGUGAAAUAUGUCGUCAACCUGACAGUAACACAAGAGGAAGAUGACAGUGUCCAAGGUGAACAACUUCCAGUAGCAAGCACAGAUGCCCAUUCUGUGUCCACAGAAGAAACCCAGGUUCUACCCGAAGGUUUUACCCAGCCCCUGACUCAAGAGCAGCUGCAGAGUCUGUAUGAUAAUCCCCUACUCCCCCAGCUGGAGGAAUGGGUGGACUGUUUCUUACAGCAAACCAAUCAGAGCAAGCAUGAGUUCUACCAGCUGGUGCAGCAGUAUUUCCGCAGCCGCGUCAGCCUGGCAGAGGUGCAUGCUGGGAUUGCCGACCUGCAGUCCAGACAGGAACAACUGGAGGACCAGCUGUGGGUCACCACGGACCAUAUUGUAACAGCACAGGGUUAUUGCCAUGACAACGUGAAGGUGAGCCAGACGCAGAACUAUAAGCAGGUGGAGCUGUCAGGUGUGGCGUGUGUGGAGCUGAGCAGGGUUCUGCACGACACGCGGGUGCAGGUGCACGACACGUACGCCCUGGCCGGCUACUCCGCCAUCCUCUGUCGGCUGCAGGUGGAGACAUACCUGCACCAGGUGCUGAGCACCUGCCAGACUGACUCAGACACCUUUGACCCCAACAUGACAGCUCAGCGAGAGAGAGUUCGCAGCUGCAUCAGUGUGCUGUUCACAUUCCAGCGUAGACCAAUCAGGGACCAGCAAUUUCUGGAGGAUAUUCAGAACUGGAUAGAAAAACUGAGUUGUUGUCUCCUGAUGAGGACAGCGACCUUCCACGACCGGCUGUUCCUGCUGAACCAUGUGCUGCGCUGUCCGUCUGGUGUCGGCUCCUGGGCCGCUGCACUCAUACAAGUGCCUUGUCCCUCACCUGAUGACAGCGCCGACGUGGCGUCCGCUCAAGUACACCAGUUUCUCGUCAUGCUGGCCACACUCUUCAACCCCAUACGAAAUAGACUGGAACUUCUCAAGCUGCUGAAACCAGUGCAAGUAGCAGGACAGACACAAGAACAAGCCGACGCCCCGCUCAACUGGACUUUAGUAGAUGAAGGUGGAGAGGAGGAAGAUGACUCUACUGACACCUGGUCACUUCUCCAUGAAAAUGACCUUGUCCUGCUGCUACAACAGUUUCCCUUCAACAGAUUCUUCUGUUAUGUCAUGAAUGUACAUCUUUCAGAUACAGACCUUGUGGUGAGUGAUGUUACAGAACGGCACAUGCUGUGGAUAUUUGCCCUGUGUUCCACACUUGUCAAGCUGCUCAGUGAAGGGCUGAGAAACUUCAACAGAAGUCGCUACAGACAGUUUGUCAAACGGCUCGGAAGGCUUGUUAGGCACACGAUCCAGCAUGUGUCGGAGGUGUGGAGGCUGUGUAAGGGGAGAUUGGAGCAUGCACAAGGAGACGCACAGCUGCCAGUAGGGAAACUUCAGCUGGAGUAUGAUCACUUCUUCUAUCGCUCCGUAGUGUGCAUCCUAUCUGCACCCAGGGUGGGAGCGUUACAGUUCCUGUCUGACCUACCGUACCAGCAGCUGUCCCACACCAUGCAGUGGCAGCUGCUGUGGCUGUUACACGUGGACAGAAUACAGGACAACCCACCUGAGGAGGCUGCCACCAUCACACAGAUCAAGGCAUUGUUACAAGAGAGUGACAUGAUGGUUCAGAUGGAGGACAAGCUUUGUGAGCUGGAGCAGUCAGAGGCCAUCUUCCUGCUGACAGCCUGUACAAACAUGGCACGCAGCCAUACCGGGGCAGACAACGCAUUUGUAGACAUCGUAGUCACACACCUUUAUAAGCUGUGCUAUGUGAGCACCAGAACGCGUGAGUUCUGCUCGAAGGUUGGUCGUGAGCUACUGUCCUCCAUAUGUUUGGUCCAUCCCACGGCAGCGUCCACUCUGAUGGAGAGAGUGGGCAGCACCAUGGACCAAGUUGGUCUGAUGUCCCUGUAUCUGUACAAAGACUUGCCGCUGCACCUGUGGCUGCCCCAGGCUCCUGACAUGGUCCUGCUGGAGAAGUGGUUACUGCAGACUGAACUCCAGUCACCAGAACACAGGCUGGCAAGACUCAUAGCUGCCAGGCUCAACUGGGGGACUAAUGCACAGGGAGACAGACUGUUCCUCCCCCUGAAGCUGCACAGAUGGAUGGGUCUACUCCUGGUACAGGUGUCCAACCACUUCAUGUACAACAAGGAACAGGCAGGACUGAUAGCAGCAGGCAUCAAACAGGUGACGCAGCUGGCUGCGGCUGCGCGGUUGACAGUCGGGCCUGACCAGCAGCUGUCCACCUGGCUGUGGGAGGUGGCCCUGCAGCUGCGUCUCCACGCCACGGAACAGCCACAGCCGGCGCUGUCAGCAGGGAACAGCACACAAGCUAUCAGUCAGGACAUCCCCAACCUGACAGACGACUCCUCCCUGCAGCAUCUACAGAGAGCUGUCAAGUCUGAUAUGCCCAUUGCUCUGUACACUGCACUAGCCAUGACAUCUGUGGGCCAUGACAAAACUGAGUUCUUAUCGUCAGGACUACCACUUCUACUCCAGUUGGUAGAAGGAGGACACAUUGUGCCCACUAUCCACAUACUGGCCAAGAUCACCCCACUGUUUCUCACAUCUCAACACAACAUCCUACAGGAUAAAAGAUUCUUGAAGAUAGUGGAGAAGGUGAUCCAAUCAGACCAUAGUCUGACUUCUUCCAACAUGGGACCUCACUGCAAGCUGUUGUGUAGUAUGAUACAGUUCCAGGUGCAGAGUGGGUUUGUGUCCGCCCGUGUGUCCAGUACAACAGUGCUGGAGCUGUGGGUGCGCAUGCUGACCUCCCUCCCACAGUGGUGGUACAGCCCGCAGGUGCUCCAGGUGCUGGACUCCCUCCUGCAGACGGCCUUCAGGUGCAAGGGAGGCGAGGACAUGACCAUCAGUAUCCUGUAUGAUCGCUAUAAGGCUCUCCUCAGUACCAAGACAGACCCAGGUGUGUUGGUGUCUUUGGUGUCCUGGAUGUCGUCCAGUGUUGGUCCACCCACAUUUCUGGACAAGCCUACACAGUCAGAUGUGUGGGUGGCGUACCAGGUGUUACAGGCAGAGAGCAUGUGGGAGGAGGACACACAGCUCAGGAAGAUGCUGGAAAGCGCCUUACAACAGGACAGCAACAUCACUGUGGAAGGAGCCGUCAAAACUGUGAGCAGUGAGGUCCACCUCCCGUCUGCCCCGCCCCUGCCCCGCCUCAUGAUCUAUCGCUGGGCGGGGCAGGCCCUGGCCACGCCCCUGGACCACCCGCUCCUGCCUCUGGUCUGGCAACGAUUCUUCCAGAUCUACCUGCACCGACCCGCUGCAGACCAGGGAAUGGCAGGAAGAGGAGGUGUGGGCCAUCGUUUCUUCCAGGCUCACUCCCAGUCUUCCCUGCUGAAAAAGUUGAAGAAGCGUCUUCAGGAGGCGGCAGACUUCCACUACGCUGCCUCCAAGACACCAGCAAUGACGCUAGAUGUAUCCUCAGACACUGCUCCAGUAUGCUCUGUCUAACUUAACGUGCAUUUUGUCUUUCAGAGGAUCAGUCAGAGGAACCACUGGUGCCAAGCUCUGACUCUGCAGGGUUGCAUCAUAAUCUGUCCAAAUGAGCCCAGACUGCAUGACCCUGACCUGUACCUGCCGGCCCUGCCUCAGCAGUAUGAUGCUGAGCGGCUUCUCAGUCUGUUCAAGAACUGUCAGGACGCCUGGCUGGAGUUUGUAGACAUGGAGAAAGUUGAGAGAGACGUCGCUGUGAUGGCUACAGAGUGGGUUCAGCACCGACAGGUCAAGACUGCCGUCACUUCCAGAUCAUCUCCUGACUUCUCCCAGCCAGCCACAUCUCCCUUGGAGCGGCACCUGAUGGCUUCUGACCUGACCCAGCCCCCUCCUCAUGCAGCUGAGCAGGAGCCACCUGUUCCAGAUGUCCCAGCGCAGGUGCUGGAGGACACCGCCUUGCUAAUGGUCACUGUAGAACCACAUCUGCAGCACCUGCUGCAUCAGGCAAGGAUGUUCACUGAGAGAGAGCAGCGUCACUUGACACUUGACAACAAAUAUCUGGACCUUAUUCCUGAUCACUUUCACAACAAGCAUGUUCAGUUGACGUUGCAGAUUCCAUGUCACAGCUCCUUCUCCUUGAAUUCACCUAACUGCAAAGGACCAGCUCAAAUCACACUACAGUACCAAGAGAAGACUCUGGACCCUGCUGUGGACAGCCAGCUGAGAGAGAACCGUCUCCAGGCUGAACAGGUGGUAGAUGGUGCCAUGAGUCCCCCUCAACAGCAGCUCUGUGCUAGUGCCCUGUAUGUGGAGAGACUCAUCACAGAUCUAGUGAACCAUUCCUACUCCCAGCAGCAGGAGGGGAGUUCCAGACCAGAUACCAGGGAAGCGGGGACGUCACUGUUCUAUAAGCUGGUGCGCUGUGUGGAUGAUGAUAACCGCCAGUAUCCACCCACACGACAGUUCUUCUCCAGCUGUAUAGAAACUCUAGGACAGGUUUUCAUCAGGAACAAUCCAGCCCAGGCCGAGUUUUUACUCAGAGCAAUGCUCAUCAUGGAUUCAGAGUUUAUAGGGAAGAAUCCUGAGGAAGCUGGCAAACUUCUCCAGGCCACCCUGGCUACGCCCGCCCUCUGUGGGUUACUCGGUCCGCACUUCAGCCCCAACCAGGCGGGCGUCGCUUUCAUCAACAUGUACACCGACGUUACCCGCGUUCCGGACAGUCACGGCGUGGACCUGGCCUUCAUGCUGUUGACCAAGUUUGAUGUGCAGAUGUGGCUGGAGGGCUGCCGUCCAUCCCUGACUGACCGGUCACACCUAGUGGACACUAUCGGGAAGGCGCUGCUCCUGUGUGGACCAGAACCAAAGUCUGACAUGCUGAUGGUGUUUGAGGUAUAUCAGAGCCACCUGCAGAGCAUGUUGAGAUACAGUUUUCCUGAUCAUUUCGGAGAUGUGCUGCAGGUUCUACUGCAAGGCUCAGACAGUAAAGAGUUGAGUCCUCUGUGCUGGAAGAACACAUUGAGAACCUUAGGUUGUGCAGAACUUGGUUCUACAGGUGACUCUGUCACUUUAACAUCCCUAACUCCUGAACAGGUUACAGAAGCCCUUGGAUGGAUGGGCUCUCACUACAUGAAGCUGAGGAGAAGCAGUCAGCAGCUUGUACUGAAGGGGCUGUACUGUGAACAGCAGGGUUAUGUACAGCACAUAGCACAGCUGCUCCGCCUGCUGUUCACUACCCUCCUACAGACGGACGCUGGAUCUGCUGUACCAAGUCAGAACUUUGAAAGUGAAGUGGAGAAUCUUUGGAUUCUGCUUCAAUCUGCUUAUGAACCUUGGAUUGCCAGUUUGGAUGCUGCCGAACUUGUUUCUAGCAGUGUUCCCUCAGGAGUUGGACAGUGUAUGCCGUGGACAGAGGAGGAGUGUGAGCUGGCUGCCGGGGUCAUGGACAACUUCACAAACUGUCUACAGCUGCUCUUCUCAAACUACAAAGGUGCCCUUCCAACCCACAGCCAUGACGUGCUGGCUCUCAUGUGGAGAUAUUACUGCUCCUCACUCGCCCGCUCCGACCAGCCACAUGUCCUGAGAGUCUACCACGACAGUCUGGUCACCCUCCCCUGGGAACACUUCUACCCGGACAUUCAGGCCUUCAACUUCAUGAUGAAGCUGCUGGAGGAGAGUCACCCCGUGUGUCGGUCCUUUCUGUGUUCUGUGUUCAUCCGGCUGGACUGUGUGACCAUGGUGUCAGACUACUGCCGCCACGACCCGCCUGAGAUCAGGGCACGUCUGCUCGAAUGUCUGCUGCAUCUUCUGGUGCACUUCAGCGUUCAGGAGGGCGAGGUUGUGAGUGGGAGGGUCCAGGAAGCUGAACAGUUUGAUUGGCAGCACCUGUCAGCAGCAGCCUACCAGAACACCAUGUCCUGGCUAGUGGACGCUGCCAACCCAGACGUGGUGCUGUUCCUGGGACAACCUUCUCCUCAGCCGAUAGGGCUGAUGAAAAUUGCUGCUGGUUUCAAACCAGAGAUGCAAGUACAAAAUGGGGAUGUGCUCCGUAAGCAGCAGCUGUAUGUGCGAGGUGUGGUGGAGCUGGUGUGUCGCUGUGUGGCCAGGAGGAACCUCAACAUCAGCUGCUACCAGCCAAUCAUCACUGGUCUGCUCACAGACAUCGAGAGUCUGGCUGGAUCAGCUCUUGACAGUCAUCACCAGCACAGCCAAAUGGUAGCCCUGUUGUCGGAGGCUUUAGGUCUGCUGAACAACUGUCCACCUGACCAGAAUAAGGUAGAAACACUGGCCAGAUUCUUCUGGGAGUGGCUGGAGUCCAACUCCUGCAGCUGUCUCGUUCUGCCCCUGGUUACGGCCGGGUGUAGAACGUUGGCAUCGCCGGCACACAUGGCACGGAUGGUGGAGUGUGGGAUAGAGGUCUUCCUCAACUCAGGCCUGGAGGAGAAUGUCCAGUGCGGCUGGGACCAGGUGCUUGCAGCUGUGGAGAUUCCAGAGCUGGCCCAGCAGGACUUCCUGUCAGAGUGUCUGCAGCACGGCUGCUUCCUGACGCUGUACACCUGCGUCCUGCAGCGGCUGCCCAUGUGUCAGGCGCCGAGGGAUGAGAUGACUCUGGCUGAGCAGCUGCUGUCGUGGACAGCUGCUGCAAAACCCAGAGCGGACAAUGAAGCGAAGCUGCUGCUGUGGUGGUGGCAGGUGCUGCGGAUCUGUCUACAGCAGGUGGACAGGAACCAGCCGCUCAAGGUCGUGUUCUGUGCCCUGAUGAACCUGACCUCCAGCCUGGCGACCCUCGGGGAGGACAAGUCUGCCGCUGGGCUGCUCGGCGCCCUCGGGUUGGGGAAGAGGUCGCCACUGUCACACAGGUUCCGUCUCGUAUGCCGCGGUCUGUCCACAUUCCUUCUGGCCCAGGCUCGAUCUGUCAGCUUCCUGCGGCUGCAGCCAGGUGAUCCACAUGCUGUGGGACAGGUGCCGCCUGGACACAUGCCUGGUAUGCCGUCAACAUCAGAAGGUCCCUCACCUAAAGCUCUGCAGAGCUUGGCCAACUUGGAAGCCCUUCAGACAAACAAACAAUAUUCUUCGCUGAAGAGCCAUAUCCAGUACAUCCACAGCUUCACCAUGGACCCUCUCCACACCCUGAGGGAUGCCCCGGCGCUUCUCGCUCAUCUCAGCAAAGUCCUGUUCCCGGAGCACAACUAUCUGUCCUUGUUACAUGGACAUGCACAGGGCAUGUACCAGAGAUGAUACAAUCAUGAAAGUUCAUCUGUGUUGUUAGUUACAUGUUUAAAGUUGAAACUUUUGGAUCCAACACAAAAAUUUUCUCACCUAC